AAAGCGGAAACAAAAGAGCCAGCGAGUGAGAGCGGAGAGGAUCCGGUCCCGGUCCCUCACGUCCUGAGCCCGGCCUCCGUCCGGAGCGACCGCACGCGCCCAGCUGGGGAGUAGCCGCCCGCCGCCGCCUCCCAGACCCCCGAGCCGGAGCGCGUCCCAGCCCGCAGUAUCGCCCCCCAUGGCGCUGAAGCGGAUACAGAAAGAAUUAAGUGAUCUGCAACGUGACCCACCUGCCCACUGUUCUGCAGGGCCUGUUGGAGAUGACUUGUUCCACUGGCAAGCAACUAUUAUGGGACCUCCUGAUAGUGCAUAUCAAGGGGGAGUGUUUUUUCUCACAGUACAUUUUCCAACAGACUAUCCUUUCAAACCACCAAAGAUUGCUUUCACAACAAAAAUAUACCAUCCAAACAUAAACAGUAAUGGGAGUAUUUGCCUUGAUAUCCUGAGGUCACAGUGGUCACCAGCUUUGACUGUAUCAAAAGUUUUAUUGUCCAUAUGCUCCUUACUUUGUGAUCCUAAUCCUGAUGACCCUUUAGUACCAGAUAUUGCACAAAUCUACAAGUCAGACAAGGAAAAGAACUUUUUGGUACACCUGCAGAUGGGCCGUAGUUCCUCCUCACUGGGCACAGUUUUCUGAAGGUAACUGAAGAUUGUUUUCAAUUUGAAAACUGUUCUAUUUGUCAAGUUGUGUUGGGGUCUUUGCUUAUGUUAGAUGGAGGUUAUGGUCGUCUUAAAGGAUAUUCCUCUGCUGAAACAGUCUUCCUUGUCCAUGCAGUGGAUAUUUUUGCAGACUGCUAAGAUGUUUUUUCUUGCCAGUUAUGAUGUUUGGUGUAAUCAAAUUGUCUGACCCAUUUUGCAAGCACUGCCCCAAUAUUUGAACUUGUUUGUAUAUCUACCUUAUAAUACAAACCCUAUUGUUCUCAAGAUGAAGAAAUCAGGGCUCAGCCUUUGCCUGUUCAUUUACUCAAUAUUUCUUCUUCCUGUUGUUGAUUGGGGGGCGGGGGAGUGGUGUUGAAAAGUCUCCACAUUUCUUAAGGUGGUGUGGAAAUUCCCAUACAGUUUCUUGGAGAAUCUCUUGGUUUAUGGAGACUCCCUCUUUAAAGUGAGGACUAAGAAUCCAAUCGGUAUGGAAUGGUUUGAGAGAGGAAAAUUUGCCUGUAACUCUGCUUCAUUGAAGUUAUCCUUUGGUUGGCUUUCUAUUAAACUUAUCUCCUCUCAGACUUGGUCUGUGAAAGUUAUGGCUGACUAAACUCUGGUUAUGCUAUACACCGACUUUUACCAAUAUUAACUUAAAGUCCAAGGAGUUAUGUUCCAUUAGCAUGUGUUUUGCAGAUUAUGGAGACUACUGCAGUUAGUGCACUAAUUACAUAUAUUGGCAUCUUAAAGGGAUUAGGUUUUGCAAAAGUUCUUGCUUCAACCUUUUAUUUGAAGAAGGAACUAACAGGUGGGGGCACAAGAGGCUACAGAGCCUACAGUCAGGUGUUUAAUAUACCCAAGUGCUGCUACCAAGGCAUGGAGAGAGUUGGCAGUCCCCAAACUCCUAGAUUUGGGAGUUCUGGCCAGUCUCAUGAAGAAAGGAAAAGGCCCAAGGAUAGAAAUCCAGUCAAAUGAUACUUUCGGAGAAGCAUGAUUACUUCCCUUUUGAGUGUCAAAGUUCAGAUGUUGUUGGCAGACAAUGGUAGUUGUGACACUAAUUGACAACUAUAAGGAGAAUUACAAAAAAAACCUUCCUAGGUUUUGACCUAGUUCAAUAAGACCUUUUAUACCUAAAUAAUAUUUUGGAAAUAACUUUCUAAUAAUGACAUUAAUAAUUUGACCUUGUUCAGUCUAAUGAUAUGUAAUUAGCUUUAAUGCAAUUCUUACCUUUCUUCUAGGAAAAGUCUUUAAAAACUUGUUUAAAUUAACUUACUGUAAAGUGAAUUUCUACAGCCAAAAUAGAGUUGACAUUGAGAAACAGAUGGUGAAAUAAAAUAAUCUUGUGCUUCAGUAUAUGGUGUGCAUUGUUUUAAUGACCUACUACUUGCCUGUAUUAAUUAGCUAAUGUGUUUCUAAUAGUCAUAAGUAUGCUAGAGUUGUUGAUUUUGGCACUGUUUAGUGCACUGUAGAACUAUUAGCAAAAGACUGAUUACAUAUGCACAAACUGUAGAUUUCUUACAUUUUAAUGCAAUCAUCGAAGACUGCUGUGGUUAGACUUUAUUUUUUUAGGUAGCUCCAAAACUGAGCAUGUGUAUCUAUAUGCUAUGAAUUACGUAUUUUGUUUCUUGAGGAAAGAGAGUUACUAUGUAAAACAUUCUUUAUAUUUCACAAGUUUAUAAUCAAUCCCAAAAGGUAGAGAGCCAGUAACGCAUCAUUUGAGUACUUACGUAGAUGCUGUGGAUCAUAUAUAUACCUAUCUUCAUUGAAAUGCCUUCUU